AGGCUAGUGACAAAACCGACAUGGUUGCGUAAGUUGUUUGUAAUAUUCGUUGACAAUUGACAAUUUGUAGGAGAGUUUUGGCUCUUUUGGCUAGAAGCGUGUAAAAACAAACAAUGCAUUCUAGCUUAGCUCCACAUCUUCAUGAGGAGUGUCUGGAUGCCAUUAACAUGUUGAAAACUUGCCAUGAACAGCAUUCAUUUGGAAAGUUUUUUGGUGCAUGUAAUGAGUUGGAACGUCAGUUGAGAAAGUGCUUGAAACACGAGAGAGAAAAAAAGAGAAAAGCAAAUGCAGAGAAAGCGAAACUUAUGAAAGAAAUGUGGACGAAAAAACACGAGAGUUUCAUUGAUCAUUAGGAUGACUUCUUAUUAAUAGGAUUAAUAGGUAUAAUUGCUUGCGCGCGCCGAUAAUUUUGUUACAUAUUUUGCAUGAUUUCAAAACGCUAAUGGCAUUGGAGCGAUCACUAAAGCUAAAAAUUUUUUGUGUAUUUUGAAAAAUUGACAAGUUUUAUCAGUUACCCCUAA